AUGGAUCCCACUAGAGCACCAGACUUCGAACCACCUUCGGAAAACAACACGCCCAAUCCUCCUUUGGCUCCACAAUCGACAAUUCCGAAAAGUGGGCCAAUUAUGCCGUAUGUUCUGGCAGACUACAACGCAUCAAUUGACGCCCCAAUCCACCCAAGAACGUAUAAAAAACACUCAAAAGUAGGUCGCAGAGUGUCUACAGCUCACCACGGCUCGAUCCCGCUCAAGCAACCCGAGCUGCAGCCCGCGUCGCAUGAGACUUCCGAAGAAGAGGAGUCCAGCCAUGUCACGGUUGAAGAGGACGACAAUGACAGUAUCAACACCAGAAUCGACCGUCCGACACCUAGUCCUGCCACAAGUCAGAUCUAUAUCCAUGAACCGCAACUCACUGCUAGUCGGGCGGACCUAGCUCGCCAAUUUACUCAGCAAAUGAAUCUCGUCAACAACUUUCAAGACGAGGAAGCUGACCAUCGGAUUGGCUCUCGAAUUCAUAAAUAUCAAAUCGCUGAUCUCGAAGAAGUUCCUCAUGGUGUGGUGCGUCAAGCUACCUCGUUGGAUCAAUAUAGCUUCCCAGCUCACCGUUUGCAAAAAGAACUAAAAAAUCCAAACAAGUUGCCCUUAAUUGUUGUUGCUUGCGGCUCUUUUUCUCCCAUCACCUAUUUGCAUUUGCGGAUGUUUGAAAUGGCUCUCGAUGCCAUUUCCGAGCAAACCCGGUUUGAGGUGGUGGGUGGUUACUACUCCCCGGUGAGUGAUAACUAUCAAAAGCCGGGGUUAGCACCUGCUCACAAUAGAGUACGCAUGUGUGAGCUCGCCUGUGAACGUACUUCAUCGUGGCUUAUGGUAGACGCCUGGGAGUCUCUACAACCUUACUACACCAGAACGGCAAAAGUGUUGGAUCAUUUCAAUGACGAAAUCAACGUGAAGCGUGGGGGUAUUGCCACCGCGUCUGGCGUCCGUGUUGGUGUCAAAAUUAUGCUUCUUGCUGGUGGCGAUCUAAUAGAGAGUAUGGGCGAACCGAACGUGUGGGCCGAUUCUGAUCUACACCACAUACUUGGUAACUACGGUUGCUUGAUCGUUGAAAGGACCGGUUCUGAUGUGAGAUCGUUUUUGCUGUCUCACGACAUCAUGUAUGAGCACAGGAGAAACGUUCUUGUCAUCAAGCAAUUGAUCUAUAAUGACAUUUCAUCAACCAAAGUUCGUUUGUUUAUUCGCAGAGGUAUGUCUGUACAAUACCUUUUGCCUAAUAGUGUCAUUCGCUAUAUUCAGGAGCACGGCCUGUAUGUGAACCAGACCGAACCUGUUAAACAGGUAAUGGGUAACAAGGAAUAA